UAGUUUCAUUCGCUUCUAGGCUUUAAAAUCCAUUUCACAGUUGAUCCAAGACAAAAGAAUGGAUUUAUUAUUUGGAUCGUUUAUCUAUUGCCAUAGUAGCGAGUGGAGCAUCUUACGUUAGUAGGGGAAAAAAAGACCUUGGGUUUGCCUAAGACACGCCCAUUACGGAAGAGGGUGGAGAUUAAAUUCCACACACUUAAACAGCAUCAACUUGUCCGGUUUUGGGCAGUCUCCAGAAGAAAACGCUCGUUUACAAUGAAUUUCCCGGGAUACGGUGCACCAGCUGCGGGCGGGUAUCCAGGUGGAUUCCCUGGACAGCAGCAGGACCCUCUGUAUGGAUACUUCACUGCAGUCGCUGGUCAGGAUGGCCAGAUAUCUGCAGAAGAACUUCAAACUUGUUUGAGUCAGGCCAACUUCUCUGGUGGCUACAGACCUUUCAACAUUGAGACAUGUAGACUGAUGAUCAGCAUGCUGGAUAGAGACAUGUCUUGCUCGAUGGGCUUCAAUGAGUUUAAGGAGUUGUGGGCGGUGCUCAGUGGCUGGAAGCAGCACUUCAUGAGCAUUGACAGGGACAUGAGUGGCACAGUCGACCCACAGGAAAUGAGCCAGGCUGUUUCCUCUAUGGGGUACAGGCUGAGUCCUCAGGCCAUGAACUGCAUAAUUAAGCGUUACAGCUCUAAUGGGAAGAUCUCAUUUGAUGAUUAUGUCGCUUGCUGUGUCAAACUGAGGAGCUUGACUGAUGUGUUCAGAAAGAGGGACCAGGCACAACAGGGAGUGGCAACAUUUCAAUAUGAUGAUUUCAUCCAGUGCACUAUGAGCAUCUGAGGUUCAUGCAAAGAUCCACGAAUAAAA